AUGGCGGGGGAAAGAAUUGUCGUAUCUGAGGAACCAUCCAUCGUUGACUUUACGCACGCUAUUGACUCCCUAAACCAAUUUGAUACAGCAGAUCGCGGCACUUUCACAAAGCUUCCGAACGGAGAUGACCUGGAAAUAGGACGCAUGCCUCGGCAAGAUUUGCCAGGAGCACCUAUUGAAGAUUAUGAGGAGGUAUGGCGCGACAUACAGCUUUCCACUGGAGUAUCCUGGAUUCUGGAGUCGGAGGAGUCGCUGCAGGUUAAUUCCAAGGCCGAUGGGGGGGAUAGAAUUGCAAAGACAUUUUUGGGAUGUGUUCCUGGACACUGCACAACACUGAGGCAAUGGCAAUGGUACGAAGGUAACGGGCAAAAUGGAGAGAUGGUCUCAAGAAAGCGAGGUGGUAUGGUAUCGGCUCGAAGAGAAGAGUGGGAUCCGGCGAGGGAGAGCCCCAUAAUUACAAAGCAUGCAAUUGGAGACGAUUUGGAUAAGCUGCCUACCUUAGAUGAGACAAAAACUGCGUUGAAAUCAGGUGUGGCAGUUGGCGACGUGGUUGUGAUUGGUGGCUGUAGGUAUGUCGUUCGGGCUUUUGAGAAGUAG